CCCGUCUCCUUGCCAUACCGUAUUACCGAUGCUCUUACUCUUAACGCGGCACUCCCAAAUUAGAUGAACCUUCUCUCCUUUGCUCUGCUAUAUUUAGCCUUUUACCAAACAUAUAAGAUGAAAUAAGAAUCCCUCUUCCGUCUCCUUCGUAGACGCGAUCCUCCACAGAUCACAGAUCCCCCUCUCUCGCUCAUUCGUAAAUACAGUGUAACGAUGCACGAACCUGAUUUAUCGGACGAUGCCGAUUAUGCCGCAUCGAUUCAACACGGCACUUUAAUCACAAAUCGGAAUGACAGCCUGGGACGAAGCUCUCCGAUCGACCCGGAAGGUGCUGAGGUCGUAUAUACUAAAGAUAAUGUCACAAUACAUCCUACUCAGUUCGCUUCCGAGAGAAUUAGUGGUCGACUGAAGUUGAUUAAGCAAGGAAAUGCUCUUUUCAUGACAUGGCUUCCUUACAAAGGGCAAAGUUCAAAGGCAAGAUUGCCUGAGAAAGAUAAGAAUCUUUAUACUAUCAGGGCUAUGCCGUUUUCAGAUAUUCGAUCAAUACGUAGACACACUCCAGCCCUGGGUUGGCAGUAUAUUAUUGUAGUUAUGUCAUCAGGUUUGGCUUUUCCUCCACUUUAUUUCUAUAAUGGAGGGGUUCGUGAGUUUCUCACAACCAUCAAGCAACAUGUUGUUCUUGUCAGAUCAGCAGAUGAUGCCAAUGUAUUUCUUGUGAAUGAUUUUCAAAAUCCUCUCCAGAGGACUCUGUCUUCCUUGGAGCUUCCUAGAGCUGUUACUCCUGUGUGUCAAUCCCCCACCACACUGGAUCCACAUAAGGGCGUGUUAGAUAAAAGUUCCAAUAUUAUUAAGAAGAAUGGCAGGAGACAAAAGUACCGUGAUCCUGCCCACGACAUUUCUGUUCAAGUAUUGGAGAAAUUUUCUCUUGUUACCCGAUUUGCUCGUGAAACAACUUCUCAACUUUUUCGGGACCGCCAUCCUGAUAGUUUCACUUCUAAUGAGGGGUGGAAGGAUGGUCCGUCGUCACCUGCAUCUAAUCAUAUCACGUCAUCAGAUGAUUCUCCACAAGUUCUUGAUGAGGUUCCUGUAGCAGCAGAUUCAGUGGAGAUUGACAAAUUAUCCCUGGUGUGGGGAAAGCCACGUCAGGCACCUUUGGGGCAAGGAGAGGUAAACCUGUUUGCCAAUAAAGAAUGGAUGAUGAUGUCAUUCAGAGGCUUGCACAAGAUUCUUUGUUCUGGGGCUCUUAUAUUAGAUUGGACUACCUUCUUGGAUGCAGAAGGGCGAGUAAUGGAUCCAAAAUCAUUGAAAAAGAGAAUCUUCUAUGGUGGUGUUGAACACAAUUUACGAAAAGAGGUUUGGAGAUUUUUAUUAGGAUACCACACCUAUGAUUCAACAUUUGCAGAGAGAGAGUACCUCGUAUCAGUUAAGCAGUCAGAGUAUGAAACAAUAAAAAGGCAAUGGCAGAGCAUCUCUCCAGACCAGGCAAAGCGAUUUACAAAAUUUCGAGAGAGGAAAGGCCUUAUUGACAAGGAUGUGGUGAGGACUGACAGAUCGCUGUUAUUUUACGACGGGGAUGACAAUCCUAAUGUGUAUAUUAUGCGAGAUAUACUGUUGACGUACUCGUUUUACAACUUCGAUCUUGGGUACUGUCAGGGUAUGAGUGAUCUUCUCUCGCCAAUCUUGUAUGUGAUGAGAAACGAAUCUGAAUCUUUUUGGUGCUUUGUUCACCUUAUGGAACGUCUUGGUCCUAAUUUUAAUCGUGAUCAAAGUGGGAUGCACUCUCAACUUUUUGCUUUAUCAAAGCUGGUUCAGCUGCUAGACAGCCCAUUGCACAACUAUUUCGAACAGAAUGAUUGCCUGAACUAUUUCUUCUGUUUCCGCUGGCUGCUGAUACAGUUCAAGAGGGAGUUUGAAUACGAUAAGACAAUGCGCAUAUGGGAAGUUCUGUGGACUCAUCAUCUGAGCGAACACCUACACCUAUAUGUCUGUGUUGCCAUUCUCAGGAGAUAUCGUACGAAGAUUAUGGUGGAGCAGAUGGAUUUUGACACUCUCCUAAAAUUCAUCAAUGAAUUGAGUGGUCAGAUCGACCUCGAUUCGACCCUAAGAGAAGCUGAAGCCCUGUGUAUAUGUGCCGGUGAGAAUGGCGCUGCUUGUAUCCCGCCUGGAACCCCACCUUCACUACCAGUCGAAGAUGGCUCAGUAUAUCCACAGCUUGACGAUGACAUCUUGUAGACGAUUCAUGAUUGUUGUUUAUUACUAUUUUUCAACGUUGUGAAUAUUUCCUAUAUAUUUGGCGCGAUUGCACUUGUUAUUUGAUUAUAAUUAUAAUUACGUGUUCAUACA